GGAAACCGGAGUGCCCGGAGAAAAAACACCUGGCACAGGGAGGGCUGGGAUUGAACCCGCGUCCUCUGAACUGUGAGGCCAAUGCUUUCUCGCUGCUUCACUGUGCUGCCAGCUCACUGUGGAGCCGGUUGGGCGCAGCACAGAGCGGCGUGCACUUCUUUCCUCUUCCGACUGCUCCAGUCAGCACCGGCGGAUUAUGGACACUUUCGCCGCAGCUCUCACGUCCUAACCGGGGUCGUGCAGCUGAUCGAGGAGCCGCAUAAGCAGGAGAAGGCCAGUAUGAGGAUGGUGUAACCACAAGAGACACUGCUCACAACUCAGGCCAUGGCUUCCAUGCCACUUCUUUUUGUCAGCUUCCUCAUCUCCUCCCUCCAUCCAUGUGAUGCCCAGGUCAUCUUUGGCACAUCGCCUUCCUUCUCUCCUCUGGAUCUUCCCAAAGAAUCUCAACCCACAAAGCAGACCGACAGUUUCUGGUCGUCUUUCCCUCCCACCGUGCAAAGUCCUGUGCCAGCUAAGGUUUCAGUGCGGAAUCGGCUGACAAUAACAUAUGCAGAAGACCAAGGGUCAAGAACACACUCGGCUGCCUCUACUAUGUCAACUCUUUCUUCUCGGACGCUUAGCGGUGGGAAAAAAAUGAGUCGACCCACCAUUACUGUGGCCAGGAUGGGAUCGACAAGUCCGUCACUUAAUGGUACUGUGCAGAAGGAAGAAGCCUUGAUGACAUCUGUGCUCUCUUUACCCUCUGGCAACAAACUGGUGACAGCUAGCAGUGAUUUGCAGGGACUCGGAUCAGGUAGUACAAUGCUGAUGCGCGAAAAGGAACAACUUCUCACUCCUAUGCCAACGACUACAGAUAAAAUGGCACAGUAUCAACCACACGUGCGGACUAAAAUAGCCGUUGUACACAAUUCAUCUGUGGACACUCAGACUCUUGUGCCUCAAGUGCUGGCACUAACGACAGAAAGUGUAUCACGAGCCACGCCGUCUCCCGUAGAAACACAGGCCACACCCCGUGCUGUUGUAUUGACAGGUGAAUUGACACCUCCCACUGACAGAAAACAUGAGUCAAGGGUUGCAGGGACUUUAAGCAGACCUUUCACCACAACCACAGUCGGCUCUAUUGGAAAAAAAACACAAGCGCCGGGAAGCAAGCAGACUUCUCUUUCAAAGAUUGUGACAGAGAAAGAAGCUGCAACAACUGCAGCUAGUCUGCUUACCGCUACCGAAUUGGAAGAGGAAACACCAACGAAAGCAAAAACAAAACAAAACAAAAGUGCAUAUCUGGAGAGAAACACAACAAGCACAACUGUGCAGUCAACACCACCAGUGACCUCAUCAUUUCUGAACACCAGUCUUAGACCAGUCGCCUCUCCAAGCUUCAUUGAUCAGAAGAAUCAUUCCAUUUUGUCAGCCGAUUCUCACCAAGCUUCCAAGCCGUCCCCUUCUCCCAACUAUGAACCCGCUGCAAAUGGAAGCCUUAUCUACUGGAGUCACCUGAACAGGAGUCUGACUUUUGCAUGGGCCCUCCAUGUCUACGGUUCAGUAAGCCUUUUCCUGCUCUUGUUUGCCACAUCUGCUCUCGGACUCAUCUUGUCCCCAAGUUCAAAGUGUCCUCAUAGGGGGGCUCUUGCACUGGCCAAUGCCCUGUUGUUUCUAGUUGGCGGACUUAGGGCCUCUCUUUUUCUGAUUGAUCCCUAUGGGACACAAAAGAUCCUCCCUCGUUCAGCAGUUGCAGCCAUUUACAAUUUGCCACUACACUUGCUAGUGUGGACGCAAGCCGCCUUGGCCCUGCUGGCCUUGAGGGUGGCUGGAGUGACAGUGUUACCUUCAACCUUGGAGCGUCCUCCCCUAGUGGCUGUGUUGGCUGUGCUGCAGUGCACUCUGCUGCUGGCAGCAGAUCUGCUUUCACCAGCCCUGUCGCCUGUGGUGCCUGUCACCCUGCAGGUUCUCUCCUUGUGCUGGGGUCUGGGUCUCUGUAUAGGAUUUGUCUUCUAUCUCUUUCCACGUAUACGUUGCCCUCCCAUUCCUCACCCUGGAGUUGCUGAAGAGGCCAGGAGAAAGGGUUGGACGGGGAGCAGAAGAGAGAGGAUGAUUUUUGGAAAGGUGCUGGCAGUUUGUGCCGUUGUUGGAGUCCUGUGCUGUGGGCUACAUGUUCAUGCUACCCUUUGGCUCUAUGGACUUCUAGGGGACUGGAUGAGCUUCAACUGGGGCUGGUGGCUGGUUCAUUUCUGGGCCAGACUCCUGGAGCUGACCUGGGGAUUGUGCCUCCUUUUUUUAGCGUCAUGGGUUUUCUGGAGGCCCCAGUGUUGCAGAGGAAGAGAUGAUGGGGGAGCAGGAGAUGGAAUAACAGCAGGAGACAUGCCAUCCCCUGGCCAUUCUGGGGGCUCAACUUAUAGACACACGUGCUGGUCAAAGAUAGUUCAGAGUCUGACAGGGAAACCUUGCAGAAAAUCUGAUUGUAGCGGAGUUGGAGGAGGAGGGCAAGCAGAUAUGCCAAACAAUUGGGCUGGCCAGGAACGUUCUGGAGUUGACAUCACAAAGACUCUUAUCAGGAACAAUAAUCAUGAUCAAACAGCUGCUCCACCAGAGUGGAUCAAAGAUAGCAACCGAGUAUGCAACCACAGGGGCACUUCAGCAGAGCGUGGCAUAUGUGAUGGCUCUGCAGGUUCACUGCUCAGACUACAGGCACUAGGACUGACACCACAGCACUCAGUCACUGGAAGUCUGGAUCCGGAUAGGGAAACAUCUCUCUCCAUGUGUGAGUUUGAUCUCCGACCCCCAUCUCCCAUUAACCUCACCCGCAGCAUCGAUGAAGCACUGCACCGAGAGCACCUGGUCGAAGGUGGUAGCUUGUUCCAUUCAUUUAACCAAAAUUCGCAAUCCCCCUCCCCUGGGUCAGGAGUCAGUCCAGGGCCUUGGCUGCGCAGGAACAGUGACCCUCAGUUUUCUGAGAGCAGUGAGGCGCCUACCGAGUCCUCCAUGCCUCUGGGGGGCAGCAUUCUCAGCAGUGUACCAAGCAGGCAGGUGACUGCUCCACCCACACCAUCCCACCAGGGUCACAGGUGGGCCGGUAAUGAGGCAGGAAACGUUCCCUCGUCAGUGUCCUGCCCUGUGUCACUUCACCCCUCUAGAUUAUCAACGGGACAUCUGGGGGAGGAUGGAGUUGAUGACACACGACCUUUCAUCACACCGGACUCUGACCAGGGUCGAGGGAGAGCUGUGAGGCCCGUCGGUUCACGUAGUUACCUGGAGGUCAGCCGACGUGACGACUCUGCCAGUGUGAGCAGUGAAAUUAUUGACUUAUGAACUAAGACUUAGCCAUGAGAACCAAGGCCCUGGCGACACCAACAUUUAUCUUUUGCAAAGAAAACAAUAAUUGAAAUGUAGCUAUAAAACAUCUUUCCAUGCAUCCAAUUUCUAUAGUGGUUGUUGUCGCUUGGGUAACUGUUGAGCUGGAGCUUCUCCCAGCUGACUGGUCGCCAGCCAUUUGAAAGCAUUCACAUUCACACCAGUAGACAAUUUAGAGCGGGGUCGCCAAGGCGGUGCCCACGGGAGCAUGGUUGCCUGUUAGGACCACUAAAGGCGCCCCAUGAGGCAUGUUCUAAAAAAUAGCACAUGUCACAAAUCAUUAUUAUUUGUGCUUUAAAUUUUAAACCUGACAUGCUUACAUUAAUGAAAAAUUUUAAAUUGUGUCGCAUAGUAUAAAAGAAAUAAAUAUUUUAUGUAUUAUGACCACAGACACAGACGUUUGCCACAACAGGUCAUGUCGUCAGUCGUACGAUUCCUACUGACGAAUCAGCCCUCAGCCUCAAAAAUGUUGGUGGCCCCUAAUUUAGAGUUUUCAAUAAACCGAACGUAUGUUGGUAGGAUGUGGGUGAGAAACCAAACAAAUUUCACAUAGGAACGGCGGAGCAGAGAUUCAAAUCUGAAGAGAGAGAGGAGUUGCUAACCACUAACUCACUAUGCUGUCAAACUACAAAAAAGAGUCACCAACAGUAGUGCCUUGAAAUACAAAUGUAAUUUUUUCCAUGACUAUGCUAUCACAAUACAUUCAGCUAUUGAAUCUUCUUUCCCCAUUUAAAUGAAUAGUAAUGCAAUCUGUUCCAGUCCUUAUUUAAAAAAAAAAAAAAAAUCAAAAAUAUGUUCUAUUAAUGUCUUUUCAAAAGAAAAAGAAUACAUUCAACAAUAUUGUACAAUAUCAAAACACAGAGUCAGCCCCAUAACAGUUACUGUUCACCUAACCUGCGAACACAGAAAAUGCAAUCGGAAAACAACUUUUCUCUAAUGUAUAAUGUUCUUUUGUGGGGUCUAUUGGCACUUACCAAACCACAUUGCUGCUACUAACUGAUAUUCUACUUCCACUGCAAGGAAACCAAUGUGGUUUGAUGGUGGCCAGAUGUUGUGAAGUGAACUGCCACCAUCUAACGGUCUAGGUUUAGAGUGCGCUUGAAUCUCAAUCGCAAAUUUUGCUAAUUUGUCAAAACAAAACAAAAAUGGUCAAGUGACUGAUUGACCAAUACAUACAUCAAGGCACUUGUCUUUCAAGACACCACUGUCUCUUUCUUGUUGUUUCUGCAAUAGAUGUGAAUAUAUACAGUAUCCAUCCAUCCAUUUCCUUCUGCUCAUCUGAGGUUGGGUCGCAAAGGCAGUAGCUUUAGCAGGAGCUCUUCCGAGGAGAUCCCCAGUAACCGGAGAGAUGUAAUCUAUGGAAGUAAAUAGGUGCCACCAGGAUUUUAAUUUGAAAUGCCACAGAAAACAAGAUUUUAAUUUGAAAUGUAAAGUCAUCACAUUUUCAAUAGUAUUUCAGUGUAACUUUUCUAUGUUAACAAUUCAACUGGCUACAAUUCGCUGUCUGAAAUUCACCGUCUGUGCCACAAGGCAGGGUUACUUCAGGUCAGAACCGAACACUCAGCCAAUCGCAGUUACACUUUCUUCGUCAUAUACUAAAAAAGCUGAAAUGGAUUGGCUGGCUGUUUGGUUCUGACGUGAAGUAACCCUGCCUGGUGGCACAGACGGUGAAUUUUAGACAGCGAAUUGUAGCAACUAUUCAAAACGUGAUCACUUUACAUUUCAAAUUUAAGUACUGUUUUCUGUGGCAUUUCAAAUUCAAAUCCUGGUGGCACUUAUUUACUUCCAUAGUAAUUUCUCCACCGUGUCCUGCGGUGUCCCAAGAACACCUCACCAGUGGGGCGUCCGGGAGGCAUCCCAAGCAGAUGCCCAGGCCACCUCAUCUGGGUCCUCUCAAUGUGAAGGAGCAGCGGGUCUACUCUGAGGCCCUCCGAGUUACUGAGCUUCUCACCCUAUCUCCAAGGGAGAGCCUGUACACCCUGCAGAGGAAACACAUUUCAGACACUUGUAUUCAGGAUCUCAGUUGCGCCCCAUAGUUUGUGACCCCAGGUGAGGGUAAGAACGUUGAUAGACCGGUAAAUCGAGAGUUUUGUCUUUCAUUUUAACUCCUUAUUAACCAUAAUGGACCAAUACAAAGUCUACAUUACUGCGGAGCCUGCAACAAUCUGCCUGUCAAUCUCGCAUUCCAUUCUUCCCUCACUUGUGAACAAGACCCCAAGAUAUUUGAACUCUUCCAUUUGGGGCAGGAUCUCAUCCCUAUCUUAGAGAGGGCACUCCUCCCUUUUCUGACUAUAGUCUCAGAUUUGGACAUGCUGAUUCUCAUCCUAGCUACUUCACACUCCAGUGAGAGUUGAAGAUUGCAACUUGAUAAAGUCAACAGAACCAUAUCAUCUGAAAAAAGUCGGGAUGCAAUUGGGAGGCCACCAAAGGCCACCUUGGCUGCAGAAAUUAUAUCCAUGAAAGUUCUAGACAAAGGUGACAAAGAAUAAUAUUGGCAGAGUCCAACCCUCACUGGAAAUUAGUCCAACUUACUGCACUGGCAAUGCCGACCAAACUCUGACCCUGGUCAAACGGGGACCGAACAGUCCAUAUCAGGGGUAUCAGCGCCCCAUACUCCUGACGCACCCCACACAGGACUCCCAGAAGGACAUGGUCAAAUGCCUUCUCCAAGUCCACAAAAUACUAGAAUGCUCGUUGGGCGAACAUUGGACGCUUGAGGCCCCUGCUGAGGGUGAAGACCUAGUCCACUCUUCAAUGCCCAUGACAAAAAUCACACUCCUACUCCUGAAGCUGAGAUUCAACGUUCCGAUGGACCCUUCUCUCUAGCGCAACUGAAUAGACUUUACCAGGCAGGCUUGGGAGUGUGAUCCCCUGUAGGUGGAAAAUACCCUCCAGCCCACCUUCAUAAAAAGGGGGACUACUAUCCCACUCCACCAAUCCAGAGGCACUGUCCCCGACGUCCAUGCAGUGUUGCAGAGGCGUGUCAAACAGGACAGCCCCACAAUAUCCAGAGCCUUUAGGAACUUUGGGCAAAUAUCAUCCUCCCCCAUGGUCUUUCCACCAAGGAGCUGUUUAACCACUUCGGUGACCUCCACCCCAGAGAUAGGAGAUCCCGUCUCAGAGACCCCAGAUUCUGCUUCCUUUUGGGAAGGUGUGUCAGUGGAAUGGAGGAGGUUCUUGAAGUAUUCUCACCAGCGCCUCACAACAUCUUAAGUUGAGGUCAGGAGGGCCCCAUCCUCACUAUACAGUGUUGAUGGUGUGUGUGUGUGUGUGUGUGUGUGGUGUGUGUGUGUGUGUGUGUGUGUGUUUAUGAGAGACUGUGGAGAACACACCUAAUUUCCAGUUCUAUGAAUGGUUCCUCUGUGGGUCACUGCUGAUUUGUAUUGGGGGCUCAUUAGUGUUCCUAUUAAAAUGGAUCAUCAAAUCAUUGCCUGGAGACAUUGCUCAACAUCAUAAUUGUUAUGGAUGGGAGGCAAGCUUUUGCUUCUCUGUGUAUAUCAACAAUAGUGACUUCAUUUCAUUUGGUCCUGUGAAUUUUCAUUUCAAUGUUCCUUUGUCAUGUAAAAUGUGCCACGUAUUAUUUUUGCUUUGUUUUGUAUUGGUAAUCGUUCUGUAAACCCACAGCCUAUCAUCUUGAACAUGCUGACUCAACAAUUUUUAAGCUCUUAAUAUGCUGCCGCUGUCCUGCCUGCUUGGGUACUGACACCAUAUUGAAGUAGUAAACAACAACCACAGUUGCACCUGCUAUAAUAUGUAGUACAGGCAGUUCGUGCUUACAUGCUAAUUGUAGACAAUUAUCAUGACUGGGUGAUCUCAAUGCCGGUGAUUGCGUUUUAGGUUAGGAAUGUUGAAUUUCAACCUGACACAGGUUUCCAGGACAGAACCAGUUAAAAAAUAAAAAAAAAUGUCUUGCCAUGAACUCAUGAACGCAGCACUUAAUUUUUCAUCAAAGCACCAGACU